AUGGAAAAUGGAUCUGAAUUUGACUACUGCUUCAACUUUGAAGAAAACCCAUUUGGAAAGGUGGAAUUUGAAGUAGACAGUUUUUACGAUUUCAAUUCACCUGCAUUGCUUCCCCAUCCUCAGGCCGACAAUUUAUGCAUUCAGUUCAUGGAUUUUGAAGAGAUAAGCAGUGACUUCGCUCUUUUUGAUCAGAAUGAAGAUAUCAUGGCUGAUGCAAUAAAGAGAGUAGUGGAUUCAUUUGACCACCAUUGUGGCAAUAUUACGAACAGUGGUGGUUCAAGUACUGAAGCAUCGAGAGUGAUUCAUGAAAUUGAGUAUGGGGAUUCACAUGGAGAGAAAAUAAGGAGUUUCAGAAGGAAAAGGACAGCUUCAUUGGAAUUAGAUGAGAUUCAAAAGUACUUUGAUUUUCCAAUAUCUAAAGCUGCUAAAGAGAUGAAUGUGGGGCUGACUUUGUUGAAGAAGAGAUGCAGGGAACUCAACAUCAUGAGAUGGCCUCAUAGGAAGAUCAAGAGCUUGAAAUCUCUCAUUCACAAUGUCAAGGAGCUUGGAUUGACUAAUGAGAUAGUGAUGUUGGAGGAGCACCAAAGGAUGCUAGAGAAAGUGCCAGAUCUGGAAUUAACCGACAGAACCAAGAAGCUUAGGCAGGCUUGUUUCAAAGCUAAUUACAAGAAAAGAAGGUCCCUUGCCUCUUGUUAUUGACUGCCAUGCCAUUCACUGCUUACUUUUCUGCUAUAAUACAGUCACCAAUAGCUCUCUUGCACUAUAUGUUUUAAACCACAACUAUUUAUAGAUAUUAAUGUAAAAAGAAAAUAGUAAUUUGAACCAACCCUGAUUUCAUUAGAGCUAAUUUCAUAUACAUCAU